AUGAGAGAUGAGAAUAUGGAGUUCAACUUGAAGGAGAUUUCUCCAAAUAUCGGUGCCAACAACUUAACAGGCAAUGGGGGAAUCAGAACCAGCGGUGACCUCGUUGAAAUCAGUCUCUUUUUGUUUGUGAGGAUUUCGAGGGGCAGAGAUUUGGUAGGAUAUCGUGAUCCUUACGUUGAGGUCAAUGUUGGGAGGUUUAAAGGGACAACGCUAUGCAUCAAGAACAACUCGCACCCUGAAUGGAACCAAAUCUUUGCCCUACACCAAACCCAAAUUCAAAGUGAAGACACUCUAGAGAUUUUGGUGAAGAAUAAUGUUCUUAGGCAUGAUCAAUGUAUGGGUCGCAUUUCAUUUGCUGUUUCUGAUAUUCCUACACGCUUUCCAACCGAUGGUACACUUGCUCCACAGUGGCAUGGACUAGAGAAUCAAAGGGGUGUAAGGUGCAGGGGAGAGCUUAUGCUGUGUACUUGGAUUGGAACUCAAGCUGAUGAGGCUUUUCAUGAAGCUUCACAUUUGCAUUUAGGUGCAACAUCGGUUGGUAUUUACAAUGUUGCCAACACUUGUUCAUGUAUUUAUCUUAUGCCUAGGAUUUGGUGUCUUAGAGUUUAUUUGAUUCAAGCCCGUGACCUGUUAGUUGAAGAUAGAACUGAGUGUUCUCAAAUUUUCAUCCAUGCUACGUUGGGGAAGUUAAUCUUCACAAGCAAGUCGGUGAUGAACAAUGAUGGUAACCCUAAAUGGAAUGAAGAAUUGUUAAUUGCAGUGGCUGAGCCGUUUGAUCAAAUGUUGGUGUUGAGUGUGAGGCAAGGAACAUUAGGAAGUCACGAGAACAUAGGGAGGUGUGUGUUACCCGUAAAGAAUGUAGACAUGAGAGUGGAUGAGUCACCUCCACGUACUAGAAUCUUUGGUGUUAAAAGGAAUGAGAGAUUUGUGGGUAGACUUUAUUUGAGGCUUUCUUUGGAUGGUGGGUAUCAUGUGUUUGAUGAAGACCCACUUUGCAGCAGUGAUAUGAAUCCAACGUCUAAUGCACUGUGGAGACCCAGCAUUGGUGUUUUUGAGAUGGGGAUAUUGAAUGCCACGGGGCUCCCAGCCAUGAAACCAAGGCAUCGUACUGAUGCCUAUUGUGUGGCUAAAUACGGCUCAAAAUGGGUUCGGACAAGAACUGUUAUCAAUAGUCUUUGUCCUAAGUGGAAUGAGCAAUACUCUUGGGAUGUAUAUGACCCGUGUACAUUCAUCACGAUUUGUGUGUUUGAUGAUGUUCAGGUUCAUGUUCAAGAAAGUGGUAUAGCUGCAGGAGCAAUAGAUGCAAGAAUAGGGAAGGUGAGAAUUCGUUUAUCUGAACUUGAAACCAACAGAAUUUACUCCUAUUUUUAUCCACUUGUUGAGCUUCAACCUUCUGGGCUGAAGAAAAUGGGAGAAAUUCAAUUAGCUUUCAAGUUUUGUUGCCCGGAUAUGAUGAGUAUUUAUAAAGUGUAUACAUUACCUAUGCUCCCUACGCAGCAUUUUGCUAAUCCAUUGUCUCUGACUCAGUUACAUGGCUUGAGGAAACAAGCUGUGAUGCUGGUGUGGUCAAAGAUGAGCCGAACUGAACCACCACUGAGAAGAGAGGUUAUUGAAUAUAUGCUAGAUUCUCAUGAAAUCAUGUGGAGCAUGAGAAGAUGUAGAGCUGAUUUUGAAAGGAUUAACACUUUUUUGAGUGGGUUGGUCGGUUUGUACACUCACUUUGAUGAGAUACGUAAUUGGAAGAAUCCUAUUUCAACACUUAUAGUUUUAUUGCUUCUCUUUGUUGUGAUUGUUCAUCCUCAACAUUUGCUGCCCACAAUGUUUUCCUAUCUUAUCCUGCAUGUGCUCUUGCAGUAUCAAACGAGGCCAAGAAAUCCAUCUCAUGUAGAUCUGCUAUUGUCUCAUGUGCACACAACAAGUGUAGAUGAGUUGGAAGAAGAGUUUGACCCAAUUCCAUCCAGAUUCGGAGACAACAUUAUAAGGAAUAGAUAUGAUAGAUUAAGAGUUGCUGCAGGGAAAUAUGUAGCACUGAUGGGUCAUUUAGCUACAAGAGGAGAGAGACUCCAAUCUCUUUUGAGUUGGCAGGAUCCAAUAGCUACAAUAUUGUUUAUGAUUUUGUGUCUCAUAAGUGGGAUUGUGACUUUGAUUGUUCCUUUUAGAGUUAUUGUCUCUGUUUGGUUGAUUUACUUGCUAAGGCAUCCAAUUGUACGUUCAUCCUUCCCUACACCUUUUGAAAAUUGGGUAAGGAGGCUGCCUUCAAAAUUAGAUAAUAUGAUAUAA